UUUUCUUUCUACUUCAGCCCUGUUGUUGUAUGCCAAUUGUUGAUCUCUAUAACGAAUGUCGACGAAUUCUUCGGCUAGAACACGCGCAGUGUAUGGCACUUCUUCAGUAGAAUCUCGAUCUAUCUUUGCAGAUAGUCCUAGAGAAGCACAACACCCAACCCGAAGAGAUUCAGCUGCGCCUCUUAUUCAUACACCUCCUGUACAGCUUGCCGUAGACAACGAUCCUCUUGAAGUAGGCUCCUUGCAGUCUCACUCUCACUCGCUUUCUCGCUCUACAAGCUUGCACAGAAGAAUACGGAAUAGUGGUUACGGUGAGAGUUCAAGCGAGGAUGAUAGUAGUAGUAGCAGCAGUGGCGACGACAGCGAUGCUGAGAUCAAUUCAAGCGACGAAUACCCUAGUGACAUAGAUAUUCCAGGGCAUGAUAUGCAUGCUUUUAAUGGAAGAAAUGAUACUCGUAUUCAUGGAUUAAACGAUAUACCCCAGGAUAGCUGUCAUGAGCAGGUAUUGCUCUUAGAAGAAGAAGACGUUCAAGUUUAUAUCUAUGGUUACAGAUACAAUCGACUACACUUGUUUCUAUACAGAGUCUUUUCUGUCUUGUCAUGUGGUAUUCUUUGGCUUAUGUUUAGAUGGAUACCUCGGUGGUAUAUAUCCUCCAUUGGUAUCAAAGUGCCUCUGAAAGAUGCAGAAUGGCUUGUAUUUGAGAGUCAGUACAAGGAAAUAGAGAUCAUCAAGCCAAGACGUGAGCUGUAUGGUGGAACCAUUGGAUCUGUAUUCUCAUAUGAUCAAUUGAAGCAGGAAAUAUCCCAUUUGAGAUCACAUACGAAUGCUUAUCAGCAGUAUCUAAAUAUGGAACAAAAGAUGACUCAUAUUAUAAUGGUAGACUAUCGAUACAUUCGACUCGUAUUUCAUCCUGAUCUAUGCAAAUUUCUUAUUGUCGGGUUUUGGAAAGACCAAGCAUGGAACUCAACUAAGAACCUAAAGACAGGACUGACUUACGAAAAAUAUCGUACUCGAUUAUCAGUUUUUGGCCCCAACUUGAUCAACAUCCAAGAGAAGCCAACGUUGAAACUGCUGACAGAUGAAGUAUUGAACCCAUUUUAUGUGUUUCAAAUUGGAAGUAUACUGCUUUGGUCUAUGGACGAUUACUAUUAUUACGCGUUCUGUAUUUUCAUCAUAAGCGCCUUCAGUAUUAUUUCGACGCUUAUUGAAACCAAGCAAACAAUGAAGAGGAUGAAAGAAAUGUCUUGGUUUGAAUGCAAGGUUAGAGUAUUUCGGGGCGGUUCAUGGCAAAACACUAGCUCCAUUCAGCUUGUACCUGGUGAUUUAAUUGACAUUGCCAAUGUCCAUACUGUUCCAUGUGAUGCCAUGCUCGUAUCUGGAGACUGUAUACUGAAUGAAUCCAUGCUCACUGGCGAAUCAGUCCCUGUAUCAAAAGUGCCAAUCAAUGAUUUGACCCUUCGUAAGAUGAACCUGUCUUCGUCGAGUAUACCAGCAGAAAUUUCCAAACACUUUUUGUUUAUGGGCACUAAAAUGGUCAGGGUCAGAGGCAAUGACAAUGUGUCUUUGGCUACAGCCAUCGUCGUUCGAACAGGCUUCAAUUCCGCCAAGGGUGGUCUCGUCCGAAGCAUGUUAUUUCCAAAACCAAACAACUUCAAGUUUUAUAGAGAUUCAUUUAGAUUUAUUGGUGUUUUAUCCAUGAUAGCAAUCUUUGGCUUUUUGGUAUCAUCGAUUAAUUUCAUUCGUUUGGGAAUCGAUAGUACGACCAUGAUUCUCCGUGCACUCGACCUGAUCACUAUUGUUGUUCCACCAGCCCUACCUGCCACACUUUCCAUUGGUACCAGCUUUGCUAUUAGCCGAUUAAAGAAAGUAGGCAUCUUUUGUAUUUCUCCGCCUAGAGUCAAUAUUGGAGGAAAGAUUGACUGCAUGUGUUUUGACAAGACAGGAACACUGACUGAAGACGGUCUAGACAUUCACGGUAUACGUGCUGUGACGAUAGGCGAAGAUGGCAAAAAGUUAUUUGAAGAAGAGUCAAAGUCGAUCAGCCUGGUUCAUCCAAAUGAUGAUGAGACACUAUCUACCAAGUCUAGAAUUUUGCGAACGAUGACUACCUGUCACUCCCUUAAGAUUGUUGAUGGUGAGCUCCUGGGUGAUCCUCUCGACUUGAAAAUGUUUGAAUUUACUCGCUGGGAACUUGAAGAAAGUGGUGGAGCAUCUUCCAUGGGGUUGAAACCUAGAAGUGAAUUGGCUGCAUUACAAGCCAAAAAGAGCGCAAAAGUAGGUAUUAUGCCUACUGUUGUACGUCCCCCUGGAGGUGGAAAUCAUGAAUUUAAUUUUCAAACGGAGACACCUGUCGAAUUUGGUAUUAUUCAUACAUUUGAAUUUGUGUCUGCGUUGAGACGAAUGAGUGUCAUUGUAAGACAGUUGGCAAAUCCAACUAUGGAAAUAUUUGUGAAGGGGGCACCUGAAGUCAUGAAGGAUAUUUGUCUGCCCGAAUCAAUUCCAGAGGAUUAUGAACAACGAUUAUACAAGUACACUCAUAAUGGAUACCGUGUUAUUGCAUGCGCCUCCAAGCAAUUAGUAGGCAUUAAAUGGCAUAAACUACAUAAACUGAAAAGAAAUGAAGUAGAGACUGGUUUAACCUUUUUGGGCUUUAUCGUGUUUGAAAAUAAGCUCAAGCCUCGAACGACUUCGGCUAUAAACACAUUAAGGAAUGCCAAUAUUCGUCAAAUCAUGUGCACAGGCGAUAACGUAUUAACUGCCAUCAGCGUAUCAAGAGAAUGCGGACUAGUGGAUCAGUCAGCUGAGGUGUAUAUACCUCGAUUUUUGAAAGGAUCAUCUACUGAACCUGACUCUGAAUUAGUCUGGGAAAGUGUUAUUCAAGAAGGCCGUGAAUUAUCCGUUGAUACUUUACAGCCCAAGACAACAAACAACAGACUGCAUUAUGCAGAAAAUCCUUAUGAUCAUAGUUUACAAGACUACCAUUUAGCUGUAACAGGCGAGGCUUUUCGGUGGAUGGUUGAUCACGCUCCAACUGAAGUAUUUCAACGAAUGCUUGUCAAGGGGGCUAUUUAUGCACGCAUGUCACCUGAUGAAAAGCAGGAAUUAGUAAUUGAACUUCAGCGUAUUGGUUAUUGUGUUGGUUUUUGUGGCGAUGGAGCAAAUGACUGUGGUGCGCUUAAGGCAGGUGAUAUUGGUAUAUCCUUAUCAGAAGCAGAAGCCUCUGUAGCAGCCCCUUUUACGAGCAACACGAUGGAUAUUGAAUGCGUCAUUGAUGUGAUCAAGGAGGGACGAGCAGCGUUGGUGACAAGCUUCAGCUGUUUCAAAUAUAUGGCACUUUACAGCCUCAUCCAGUUUACUUCUGUGACACUGUUGUAUGCCUUUGGAAGUAACCUAGGUGACUUUCAGUUUUUGUACAUUGAUUUAUUUUUGAUUUUACCUAUUGCAGUCUACAUGGGCUACACAGGUGCAUGGCCACAUCUCUAUCAUAAACGACCGACAGCAAGUCUCGUAUCUAAAAAAGUGUUGGUGUCACUUAUUGGGCAAAUCGUCAUUACUUCUGGUUUUCAAAUGAUUGCCUAUUGGGCCGUUCACCAACAGUCAUGGUACAAGGAGCCUAUUUUUGACCCAGACGGAGAAAAUAUUACAUGUUUUGAGAACACAGUACUGUUCCUAAUAUCUAGCUUCCAGUAUAUCCUUGUCGCUGUUGUGUUUAGUGUUGGCCCACCCUAUAGAAAACCACUUUGGACAAAUGGAAGAUUAGUGGCGACACUUGUCAUCUUGGUUGCUUUGACAUGCUGGUGUGUUUUGGCUCCACCGGAUUCACUCGAAGAUCUAUUAGAGUUGGAGGUGAUACCUUUCUCUUUCAGGGUAUUCAUCCUUGCAUUGGCUGGACUUAAUUUGGGAGUGAGUUUGAUGUGCGAGAAAUACUUAUUUGGACGAUUUGCAACCGCGAUAUCGAACUCUAAAAAUAAGAUAAAGUCACUUGGCUCGAGACAAAGAUAUCAUGUUGUGGGGAAGCAACAUAAAAAGAUUUAUAAAAAAGUGAUGGAUGAUAUGGGCAUCCAUGAUAAUAACAAAUAAAGUCUACACACAUUUGAAACACUUUUAUGUCGCGCAAGAAAGAGAAUAAUAAUAUAAAAAAAGGGGGGC